CAAUCCAUUGGCGGCGUCGCGUCCGGCUGUUCCCGCCGAAAAAUUUCAAAUUUCGAGUUCCCGAAGUUGAUGGUUUUUUUUUUUGUUGUUUUUUUUUUUUAAUCGUGUCGAUCGUGCGUUGAACUCUGGAGUGCAUUCAGCCUCGGGAGGCCGUUGUUGUCGCUCCGUUCGCAGUGAAAGUGCGUGACGUAAAUUGUUCAAUGUGAUGGCGCUCGUACGUCUUAUCGGGAAACGAUGUCUUACUGUUCUAGGAGUCUUCGUCCUGUCUUCAAACACACACUGCCAGUACGCAGCUCACCACCCGGUUUCGUUCACUGGGACACGAGGUGAUUGGCCCAACCCUCAUGUACAGCAAGGGAAUCCACCAUGGCAUCAGUUUUCGUCACCAAGGAAAAGAUCGCCCAUACCUAUAGGACCCCAUUUCGAAUCCCAAUACGACCACAAUGAAGGCAUCAGACCACCUCCACAGUUCUACGAAAGACGAACUUCAUCAGACUUCACCAACUCAGAAACAAAUGUACCAAACGAUGGCAGACUGCUAUCAGAAUCUGCUUUUACAAAGAUAUCUGAAACGUUGGGAGCUAUUAAUACCGUGGGACAUUACUUGGUCGAUAUGGUCAGUGACAAUGACAGCAACGAAGAGGAGAACAACCUUAAGCAAUUGCCGCAAGCUAUUUACACGAUCAGUAAGAAUGUUCUGGGACCUAACGUUACCGAAAAAAUAGCUCCAAUAGUAAAAAAGGCCUUACCAAAAGUACUACCAGACGCACCCAUAACCAAAAUCACAACAGCCGAGGAUAAGAACGACCCUAAAUUCUGCACUACCCCCGAAGGAGAAGAAGGAAUCUGCGAGGAUUUGAGCAAUUGCCCUCAGCUGCUCCUAAAUUUGAUUAACCUCCGGGAAUCGUUAUGUUUCAAGGAUCUCUUCGUGCCUGGAGUGUGCUGCCCGAAAGAUUCAAUAGUACCAUCGACUACAUUACUUGAAAAGCCCGUGCAAACAAGUUCCAGUAAGCCUACAUACCUGGUGCCGGUCACAACGCAAAGACCAAGGCCGAUCACCACCAAAAAACCAUCCGCAGUUCUGGUGCUGACGACGAGGAAACCGAAGCCGGCGUCGACGACAAAGCGACCUGUUACCCAUGCGACCAGCUCGAGACCGCUCGGGACGACCACUUUCUACACAGUUUCUCCACCGGUCAUCAUGAACUUCUCCAACAUUGUAGACGUCAGCGAAUGUGGUCAGCGAGAAGAUGAAGGAGGCCGCAUUGUGGGCGGUACCGAAGCCAAGCCUGGUGCCUGGCCUUGGAUGGCAGCUAUCUACCUACACGGCAGCAAGCGCCGCGAGUUCUGGUGUGGCGGGACCCUCAUCAACAAGAAGCACGUGCUCACGGCCGCUCACUGCACUAGGGACUCUAAGCAGAGACCGUUUCCUGCCCGUCAAUUCACUGUCCGACUCGGCGACGUCAAUCUGGCCAGCGAUAGUGAACCUUCUCGACCCGCCACCUACAGGGUGACGGCGGUCCAGGCUCAUGAGCAGUUCUCCAGGGUCGGCUUCUACAACGACAUCGCUGUACUAGUGCUCGCUGAAAACGUGCAAAAAUCAAAAUACGUCAUUCCGAUAUGCCUUCCGACGGGAGACGUGCUCAGAGAGAGCUUCGAAGGAGCAGUGGCCACGGUGGUCGGGUGGGGGACCACGAGGUACGGGGGAGGAGAGAGUUCCCGUCAACUGGAAGCCAAGCUACCGGUCUGGAGGAACGAAGACUGUGACAGAGCGUACUUCCAGCCCAUCACUGAUACAUUCCUCUGCGCCGGCUACACGAGAGGAGGCGUGGACGCUUGUCAGGGUGAUUCAGGCGGUCCCCUUAUGUUACAAGUCAAAGGAAGAUGGACGCAGAUAGGCGUGGUCUCCUUUGGAAAUAAAUGCGGGGAGCCAGGGUACCCCGGGGUCUACACUAGGGUCACGCAGUAUACAAACUGGCUCCGUCAAAACGUAGUUUAGAAAAUUAAAAAUAUUAUGUAGAUAUUCAAAAAGAUCUAGAAAUAUUUUAUUGAAUUUGUAACGUUGGCAGUGAUUUUAUUUGUAAAUUUUGUAAAUUGUCAAUGAAAUUAAAAUGUCGCUGCCUGAUAGAUUCAAAGGUAAAAGAGCUUUUAAAGAUAAAAAUUAACUCAGAAUAAAUAAAUAUAGCUAAUCAUUAAAAUAAUAGUAUUAAAUAUUGAGUUACCACUUCUGUAAUAUGCCAAGGCUACAAUUGUACUUUUUUCUAGUUUAUUAAUAUUAAUAGCAAAUGUCAAAUAUAUCAAGAUGAGCUCAGGACUAUCAAGAAUAGAUUAAAAAAGUGUAAUUUCUUUAUACUUCCAGCAAAAUAAACUCAAAUUCGAAAAUAAAAGAAUAAAAAAAUUAUAAGACAGUUUGCAGAACAACAUUUUUAUCAAAAACAUAAUUUUCAAACAAGACACCAUUUUGUUUUUAUUAAAAUUGUCAUACACUAUGUCAAGUUUAAGCCAUAAUGAUCUAUUCAGUCUUAGUUUAUGGUAUGUAACUUAUUGAAAUUUAUUUAUAAAGUUCUAUUUAUUACAGUAGGUAUGUGUAAAAUUUAUAUCAAAUAGUAUAAUAGGUAGCCGGAAUAAAACCGGCUUGCUUGUUAUCACCACGUAUACAUUCCAGCCUAAUCGGCAAGACUUGACCACCAUUGUUUUCAUUCAAUUGAAGUUUCAACACGAUUCAUGUUGGCGGCAUUAUAUUUUUAAGAACCCCUCUAUGAAAUACACUGAGAACUGUAAAUAAACAGGGCUACAGUUAAAAAAAAAGACCUAAAAUAUCAAAUAAAAGAUUGAGUAAUGAAGAUUUACUAACAGGAAAAUAUGUUUAAUACAAUUGACUGGAUAGUUAAGAAAUAAAAUAAGACAUAAAA